AUGAAAAGGGCUUUGAACCCCAACGCCGGGGAGUUUCACCCAACGGGUGGAAGACUCAACACAUUCAGGGAGAGGGAUAGUCGUUCUUCGUCCUUGAAGGGUAGUUCUGUACCAGCUACGGCUUCCUCGCCUCAGCACAAUACCGCAAACACUAUUGAUACAACAUCUUGUUUUCUCUCCGACGACAAUGUAGAGGCGUGCCACUUCAUACCAGUUACACGCCCCUUAGUGGACUGUCGUGCAGCGUUUUAUGAGCACUCUGAAUCCACUCGAUGUAAGCAGAUGGAAUUUGAACGCCUAUUGCGCCUUGGCUUUUUUGGCGCGCAUGAAACCAAUGAACUGAGCAUCUCCUCAGCUUCUGUCUCUGGUGAGCACAGAGCCUUCUGGUUGUCGUAUUCAACCGCCUACUUUCGCAUGGCGCACGAGGUUGUACAGGAGGUGGAGCUUGGAACACUCAAUCCCACCAAUCAGUCGCUAUCCGCUGCUUCUACGCCGUCGAGAAACUCUCUCAAAGAGUCAGGUUUUGCAAGGACUACUGAAGAAUUGCAGCGACAACGUGAUUUUCUUCGGGAAUUAUAUCUUGCAAAGGUUCGGCCUCUAGUUCCUUAUUCCAUUCGCAAGCAGCUGGCUCUUCACGCCAAACGCUCCAGUGCAGUUUCACAUGAGGAUGUAUUGAAGGCUGUGAACUACGUUCUUGAUAUUUUUUUCCUCUUUACACGGUUACAAUUUCUUCGUUUUCUUGACGCAUCCUCUGGUCUCAGUUACUCUGCUUGUGUUCAAUUUUUAACCAAGCUACGUGAGCGUCUGCUUAAAUCGGAGGUGGCCGAGCCCUUUCUCGGUGUUGUGCUCGUCUUGAUGUUAAUCUCCACUGUUCACAUAACGUCCGCGCAACGUGCGAUGGAAACCGCUACUAGCGAGACAAGUUUUUUGAGACUCAAAGUACAGUGGCUCUUCUGUAGGUAUUUUCCGGCACUGGUUGUGGCCUUCCUUUCCGGGUCUCCGUUACAGUCUGUAGAGGAACUCCGGCACGCUCUUCUUGCAACAAGCCAGGAUGGCUCUCUUUCCAUGCUUCAGGCAUGUCCUGCCGCCAUUGUCGCAAUUCAAGAGCUCAUUUCGUACAACAAAAAAACUGCGGUGUUGUGGAGUGUCACGUUGAGUGAAGUGGUGAAUUUUGUGCUACAACAUUUGUCGCAAACAGACCGCGCAAAGCGCUGCAGCAGUUCUAUUACAUUUUUACUUUCGGAGCCCACGGCACUUGAUGAUUACAUGCAUGUAAGGUGGCCCACAGUGUUAGCUUCACUGCUGGAGGCAGUAAAUGUUGCGGUGGAGGAGAAGGAUUUACAGGAUGUGUCGCAUCCGCAAGGCGAAAUGAACGCACGCUCAAAGGAGUUCCAUGCUUUGGCAAUGAAGUCUGCCUUAGCGUCAGGUGGAAGCGAGUACGAGACCGUUUAUUUUAGCCUCCUCACUCUGGCGAAUAUGGAGUGUUUUACCGCGACGGAGCUUUCCUGGCUCCUUGCAGCCCUAGAAGACUCUUAUACUGCAGGCGGCCAUCCAAGCGCAAUGGACGCGUUUCUUUCUUGCACCGUCCGUGCAUCGCUGGCGCCAGCGGCACGUGAACUUCUCGACGUUCUUCGCGCGCUGAUGCGGGGUGGAAACAGGCCACUGCAACUGCAGGCUCUCAUGGAAUUCAAAGGAGUCAUGGGAGGGCAACAAAAGCCAGUGCCACCCAAAGGAACUCCAAUGGAGCCGUCGAGGGAGCCUUGA